AUGGUUAAUUACAAAAAUUGGAUCGAGCAGAUCCCAGAUGAUACUAAGAUUUCAACACUUUCAAUCCCUGGAACACACAAUUCAGGCGCAUGUCAUACAGCCUUGCCAUCAGUUCAAUGCCAAGGCGAAAGUAUAACGCUGCAAUUGGAACACGGAGUAAGGUUUCUUGAUAUCAGAGUGGGCAGGUUAUUUGUUGGUAAGAACAAGAAUGAUUUACAAGUGAUUCAUGGUAAAUUCCCCGUGAAAAUCCCUUUUCCUCUUGAAUUGACCGAUGUAUUGAAAGAAGUGUACGACUUUGUUGAGAAUAAUCCAAGGGAGACAGUGAUUAUUUCACUCAAACAAGAGGGAUCAAACGACUGGGACAAUGAAAAUGACGAGUUUGGCAAUUUGAUUUGGGAACAUUAUAUUCUGCCAAAUAAGGAAAAAUGGUACUUGAAUACAGAUAUCCCCAGAGCUGGAGAUGCACGUGGAAAGAUUAUUUUAUUUAGAAGAUUUGGAGUCCGAAAUGAGGAUUUGAGAAAUAAAUUUGGGUUUGAGGCUUCUGUAUGGUCAUACAAUACUACUGACGACGAUCGCGGGACAUUUGUGGUUCAAGAUUUCUGCGAAGUUCAAAAAUCAAUAGAUUUACCAAAAAAGAUUGAAUACGUCAAAAAUUUGGCCAAGAGAGCUCAAGAUUAUACUCGUGAUCACGAUGACAAAUUGUUUCUCAAUUUCACUUCGGGAUCAAAUUUUUUUGACAAAGAUUGUUGGCCAGAACCAGUAGCAAAAGCAAUGCUAAAUGGAAACAUUCAGGAUACUUUUCAAAAAGGCGUAGGAAUCAUUGUUUUGGAUUACGCAGAAACAGACGAUUGGAAAUUGGUGAAGAAUUUGGUCGACUCAAAUUUUUAA